GUCUUGUCUGUCUGGGGGAGCUGGGACAGUUCCAAGCUGCUCCUGCCGCCCGAGUGUUCGGUCCCCUGAGCCUGAGAGGAUCCAGGAAAGCCCGGACUCUGCUGUGGGGAACAAACUGAUUCCUGAACUUGAGGACACAGGCAGGUGUGAGGAGCAAACAGUGAAGAACCAGCGGGAAACCUGAGGUCACUGCAUAUACACAGAAGAGCAGUUCCCCGGAGUCAAGUUCUUUGAAAUCGAGCAGCAUGAUAAGGAGUUGGCUGAUUAUUUUUAUCCUUUUUCCCCUGAAGCUCAUAGAGAAAUGUGAGUCCACGGUCAACUUCACUGUUCCUUCCACUGUGAAGCUGGAAAAUGGAAGUUCGACCAACAUCAGUAUUGCCCUCCAGCAUCCAUUAAACGAAACCUUGGUGAUCACUUUUGAAAUCACAUUUCGUUCAAAAAAUGUUACUAUCCUUGAGCUCCCUGAUGAAGUCGUGGUGCCUCCUGGAAUGACAGAUUCCUCUUUUCAAGUGACAUCUCAAAAUGUUGGACAAGUUACUGUUUACCUGCAUGGAAAUCAUUCCAAUCAGACCAGCUCUAGGAUAAUCUUCUUGGUGGUCCAUAGUAACAUCGUUAGCAUCAUAAACCAGGUGAUUGGCUGGAUCUACUUUGUGGCCUGGUCUGUGUCCUUCUACCCUCAGGUGAUCAAGAACUGGAGGCGUAAAAGUGUCAUUGGCUUGAGCUUUGAUUUUGUGGCCCUGAACCUGACGGGCUUCGUGGCCUACAGCGUGUUCAACAUUGGCCUCCUUUGGGUGCCCUACAUCCAGGAGCAGUUUCUCCUCCAGCACCCCAACGGAGUGAACCCUGUGGACAGUAAUGACGUCUUCUUCAGCCUGCACGCAGUCAUCCUCACUCUGGUUGUCUUAGUGCAGUGCUUCCUCUAUGAGCGAGGUAACCAACGCGUGUCCAGGCCUGCCAUCGCCUUCCUGGUGCUCUCGUGGCUCUUUGCACUCAUCGCCAUGAUUGUGGCCGCAGUCGGGGCAACCACAUGGCUGCAGUUUCUCUUCUGCUUCUCCUACAUCAAGCUCGCCGUGACACUGGUCAAGUAUUUUCCACAGGCCUACAUGAACUUUCACUACAAAAGCACUGAGGGCUGGAGCAUUGGCAACGUGCUUCUUGACUUCACUGGGGGCAGCUUCAGCCUCCUCCAGAUGUUCCUCCAGUCCUACAACAACGACCAGUGGACCCUGAUCUUUGGGGACCCAACCAAGUUUGGACUCGGCGUCUUCUCCAUCUUCUUCGAUGUUGUCUUCUUCAUCCAGCACUUCUGUUUGUACAGAAAAAAACCAGGGCUUCAGGCAGCACGCACAGAUUCUGAGAACCAUUCCAGGCAGGACUGGCCACUGAGUUUGGAACCGAAGGCCUUACCCUAAGCGACCAGUAUUUCUGGGAAGAGCUUGAAGGACUGACCUUGCAGCUGGGAGAGCCAAGGGCACUUUGCUGCCACUGCUGUGUUGCCAGAGACCAAGCAGCCAGGUGCUGUGGCCGAUGGACUCAGAGGUGCUGGUGGUGGGGUGCUAGAACUUUGGGGUUAGGACUUGGGGUCCCUACUCCAAAGGCUACCUUCUGUAAGCACUCACAUUCCUGUCCCUCACUCAUCUCUAUAACUCAGCGCUCAUGACUGAAAGUGCAGGCAGCCUUGCCAGGAGGUGAUACAGACAGUAUUUCUGGACUUGAGGUGCUCCACAGAUAGGAAUAAGACAAGCCCAACACACUCUGCAGCUCACACUAACACCUUCUGGGUAUCUUGGAAGUCAGUGGAGUUGCUUACUUUCUUUACUUACCUUCUGCCUACCUCAACUUUGCCGGAGUUUGGGGCCCCAGGCUGCACACACACGUACUAACACACAGUCUGUGCCUUAGAGGACUGUCAGACUAAGUUUUUGGCUGUUCAGCACCUCAAAUGAGGACUUGAGACUACCUUCCACCAUCCUCAUGGGCCCAACCCUCAUCCCAAACCCCCUCCCUCCCACCCAAAGCAGUCGUCUGCCCCAGGCAGAAGGGGCGCAUCCCAGGACCUGCCUUGUACAAGCUGAGUGGGUCAGCCUCUUGACUGCCUAAGAUCAGUGUGUAGGGCCUAUAACCUCGAUUAAAUCUUGAUUUGUUUCCUUUCUACACAAACUCAGCCAGAUGCAGGAGGCAAGUGUAACAGCCUGGGUUACACUGUGGGGCUUAGGGAGGUGGCCUUCCCUCCUCGGUGCGAUGAAGUGCGUGGCCUUGUGAGGUUCACUCUCCUGAGGGGCUGCAUGCCAACCCAGCACGUCGUCUGGCAGCUCUGAUAGACAAAGUGCCUGCCUGCCUGCCCAGGGCCGGUAGCAGGUCUAUAAACUGCCAAAGACACGCCACUCAAGCUGUGGUGGUGAGCGCGGGUUGGGUCGGGCCUUUAAGGGCACACCACCAUCGGGAAGGGGGAGUGUCUUGUUUCCAGAUUCUUCCGUAUCCAUAUUUAACAAGUUAUCAAACCACCUAGGAUCUUGUUUCUCUAAAGCAGAGACUGAAGCGUCGCCAAGUCCACACACCUGUUUUACUGGAGCCACUCGGUAUCGGUAAUUGGGUGACACACUUUGAAAUGGGAGAUCUCAAAAAUCUGAUUUGAAAAUUUAAGGACUAUGAUUUAGCACUGCCAGCUGGGUCCACAAGUGGCAACAAUAUCCAGAACUAACAGUGCAGCCAGCACUGCCCUCCGGUGCUCUCCAGGUACCCCGGUGCCCUCUAGCUCACCCCCAUCUUGUCAGAUCAUAACCCCUGGAAAGUUUUGGGGCUUGUACCCCUGGCUGCAUAAACUGAACAUUCUGAAGAGUAGGGAAAAGUGUUUUUCCCAUGAAAGUCCAUGAGUCUCCUGCAAGUGAAAGCUAGGCUACACAAGGGAAGCUGGGGGCUUGCACCCCAAUUCCAGUGAAGGUACUCCCCGACAUUCCCACAGAUGUGGCCCUGUCCCAGCGUCCUGUGCCUGGGGAAUGGGGGGGCUGCUGCAGGGGC